AUGCGCAGUUUGCGACAGCUUGCGAGGUUGCACCGGAAAAGUAAGGCCACCGAAAGCAUCGAUGAAUUCUGGUCGCAUUCCUGGCAGAAGAGGCCCUACCAGAAGAUUUUGUGCUUGCUUUUCCUGAAGAAUAGUAUUGCAGCCAGUUUCGUUGGAACAAUUGCUGCGUCAAUCGUGUUCAUCCUCAUGCAGCAUGGCUUCCUGCUCCUUCGCCUCAGCGAUGAUACCACCAGCGGGGGCGAACCCUAUGGCAGUGCGUUCCUUUGCACCGUCACCGGCACCUUCUUCGCAGUGCUGACGCUGUUCGCCUGGCGCUCCAGAACCAAAGUAUUUUUGGAUGUAUGUUGCAUAGAUCAGGUGAAUAACAAAAACAAACAGGAGGGAAUCUUAAGCUUGGGCGGCAUUCUGAGCAGCUGCAAAACUUUGCUGAUCCUCUGGGACGAAACUUACAUUGAGAGACUGUGGUGUGUGUUUGAAAUUGCGGCCUUUGCCCACCGCAGUGGAAAUCCAUGCACGGCCAUCAAGCCAACCCUCUUGGGCAAGGCUGCCUUAACUGUCUAUGCUGCGACCCCAGCAAUGGGAUUGCUGUGGCUUGAAACGAUGCAUAUGAGGAAGUACGGAGAGAUCAGCUUGUAUGUGAUGCUUGGUGCCUUCGUUGUGUACUUCUAUGCGGGCGUUGCUUCCUUCCGAUCAUACCACUAUUCGAUCGAAACCUUGCGUAAACAGCUGCAAAAUUUUCGACUGGCAGACACAAAAUGUAAUUGCUGUACCCUGGGCCAUGUUGCUCCUGACGGCAGGGAGUUGCCUUGUGAUCGUCAGGUUGUGGAGAGGUGCAUUUGCAAUUGGUUUGGCAGCGUGGACGAGUUCGAGGUCUUCAUUGUGCCCUUGCUUCGUAAUACGUUCGAGAAUCAACUUGGGCACAAUACGUUCCCUUACAUCUACUUCAUGGUGGUCUUCUGUCCAGUGUUCUGGACGGGCAUGGAUUUGACUGCUGGCCAUCGCUGGGGCUCUUGGUGGAUGUUUCAAUGCACAGGGUUUUGGUUGGGUGUCAUGCCUGCAACGGCGAAAAUUGGCCUCUACCUGUGCAGCUACUUCUGUAGGCCAAGAAAAUACAAAGUGUGUGACUUGGUUCUGAAUCUGGCCAUUGUCCUCGUGAUGAAUGGGUGCUUCGUGGCAUCCCUCUUUGCGGCAAGCCUCUUGAACCCCAGAGGCCCUCGUUGGGUGGAUGAGUACACGAAGGACAUGACUCUCCGAGCCUUCCUGCCCUUCGGCUACAUGCACAUACACUAUAUUGUUUUCAGUCUCACAAACAGUGAGUCAUAG